AUGCAAAUACUUAGACUACUGGGAAGACACUUAUGUAAUAUAACACUAAAAUGCUUGAAAAGACAAAUAACUACAUUAUCUGUACCAGAUCGAUCUGUGAGUGAUAUCACCUCAUCGAUAUUUGAAGUCACCAAAGAUAUCAAUCAUGGACCAAGAAGUUCAACAAAAGUCAUGAAAUAUGUCAGUAGCUUCUAUCAAAAUGUUAAAAUCAUGAAUCUUGAACAGAUUUCUCGAAUAUUAACAGAUAUAGCGAAUGAUAUGUUGAAACGGGAUGAUAAUGUGAUAAAUAAUUGUGAGUUUUAUUUCAAUUGUUUAAAGAUUGGAUUGAACUGUUUUUCAGAAUCAACAUCUACUGAAGCAUUAUAUUUACUACGAAAUAAUAUUGAGGAUUAUAGAAAAGUGAUAGUGAAAUUUAGAGGACUUGGAACAGUGCCUGAAACAGUGCCGUAUUCAGAAAUGAAAAAUAUUCAGAACUUGUUUUUAAAAACAAUAUUGCAUCUUUACUCAGUUUCAAAACAAUCCGGGAAAUCAAGAAUUAUUACCAAUCCGAUCAUGGAAUACUUCUUACAUAGUUUAAAAAGUUUUGACACCGAUAUCCAAGAGUUUGCCAAUGAGUUGACACAAGAAGAAAGUUUGCAAAAAGCAUUGACAGAAAUUUGCUUUGAGAAGCAAAUUAGUUUACCAGUUACAAAAACAUCGAUAGAGAGAGAACCAUACCAUCUGGUGUCCAUUGAUCAGUACUUGGAUGAGUAUGGAGGGAUAGACUAUGAAAACAUUUGUAAAUAUAUAUCAGAUUACAAAUUCACAUGGCGUGGUCAAUAUAUCAAUGACAAAUUAUUCAAUUAUUAUGAUACACUUUCAACUGAAGAGAAAUCACAAUUCAUGGAAGCAUACUUGGAUUUUAACAAGUCGAAGGAAUUAAUAAUAGAAAAGUAUACCAAUAGAAUUGUGCAUGUUUCACUGGAAGCAUCUAAACAAUUUGAAAAAUCUUUCAAAUUUGGCAUGAGUGAAAAGAAUUUGAUUCACAAGUGGAUAACAGACACAACUGAACAGAUUGAAAAAAUAUUAGAAAUUGAAACCAGUUUGUCAAAUGAAGAAGUUAUUAUUCAUCACUUUAAGCCAUUUUUGGAAACAGUGACAAUUCAAUCGAUUAUAAAUUAUAUUAUUUUUUCAAUUUUAGGCUCCCCCGAUGGGAAAUUAACCACAGUUAUAGAAAAGAUGAAAUAUUCGUUUCCUAGUGUGUUAUCACAACAUGCUUCUCCAAACUUGAAAGGUGAAGUAUUCCAAUAUAUAAACGAUGAUGCUUAUAUUAAAUUGACCCAUCAAUUGGUCAAGUUGAUAAUAGAGAAUUGCAAAGUCCCCAUCACAAGUAAACAGAUGGAACAACUUCAGAAUUCUUUAAAACUAGAAAACAAAGAAAUUGCUGAUCAAUUCUUAAUCUCCAGUGGUGGUAAUGAUGAUGAAUAUCUUGCCUUUUGUAAAGAAACAAAACGAAUAACUAAUACAAAAAACAAAACUUAUAUUAUAGUGAAAAUGCAUCCCUAUAUAGAAUUAAAACUACAAUCUUUGAAGUUGGGGACUCAUUUACAUUAUUUGCCAAUGUUACAUCCACCAAAACCUUGGGUGAAUCCUCAAAGUGGUGGGUAUCUAACAAUAAAAACAAGUUUUGUGUCAACAAAUGAUUCCAUUCAAGUGGAAUUAUUGAACAGGGCAGGUGUUAGGGGUCAAUUGGAUAAUGCAUAUUCAUGUCUUGAUCAAAUGGGGAAUACCGCUUGGGCGAUAAACCCAUUAAUGUUGGAUGUUUUCAAUAAAUUAAUGGGAAACCCCGAUGGGUUCUUAAGUAUCCCGCCACUGGUACCAGAUGAAACUUUACCACAGAAAACCAAAACAGAAUUGAAAAGUCUUCGAAUAACUUUUGAAAUAAUGAAUAAACUCGCCAAUGCCUUUGGUGAAAAUGGAGAUUUGUUAUACCAUUGCUACAGUUUAGAUUUUAGAGGUAGAAUAUACCCUUUUUCUCCCUUGACUCAUUAUGGAGGUGAUUUAGCAAGAUCUUUAUUUAUGUUUUGGUAUAGUGAGCCAUUAGGACCCAAUGGAUUUUAUUGGAUAAAAUAUCAAUUAGCUUCAUUGUUUGGACAAAAAAAUUGUUUAGAGUUUUAUGAGGAAAAUUAUGAUAACAUUAUUGAUUCAGCCCGUAAUCCAAUGACGGGGAAGAAAUGGUGGAUGAAAGCUGAUAAACCAUUUUCAGCUUUGGCAGUUUGUUUUGAAAUCAAAAAAAUAUUAGAUUAUAGGAUGUCUGGUGGUAAGAUUGAAGAUUAUAAAUGCCGUCUUCCGAUUCAUCAAGAUGGUUCUUGUAACGGGUUACAGCAUUAUGCAGGUUUAGCUGCUGAUGAAACUGGUGGAGCAGCCGUUAACUUGAUUAGACUGGAAACAAAGCAAGAUGUGUAUACCAAAGUUUUAGAAAUUGUGAAAAAGAAAAUUGAACAAGACAUACUGGAACAGAAUCUCGGGACAGUAAAUUUGGAAACUGCUAAAUUUUUUUUACCGAUUUUAAAUCGAAAAUUAGUGAAACGUCCAGUGAUGACAACGGUAUAUGGGGUCACUUUAGCUGGUGCUAGCUCACAAAUAAUGCAAACUAUCAAAGAGAUUGUUGAAGAUCAUCGUACCAAUCCUUCCAAAACCACUUUUAGUAACGAGACAUUACAUAAAUUAAAAUCCGUUCAACUAACACAAACAUCGUAUCUUGCCAAAAAGAUUUUGGAUUCUAUUGAUGAACUAUUUGUCCAUGCCAAACAAAUUGAGAAAUGGUUAUUACAAAAUACAAAACGGAUUCUUACUUCAUACAAUAUAAAAACCAUAGACCACUUGCUCAACAACAAUCCAAGCUCAUUUGAAACUAUUUUCACUACACCAAUGAGUUUUUUCCCAAUGAGUUGGAUAUCACCAUGUGGGCUCCCAGUGAUUCAAGCAUAUCGGAAAAUCCCCACAAGUAGAUUUAAUGGUGCCAUAGGAAAGACAACUUGGAAUAAUUCCAACAAAUUAUCACCAAUGGAUAGACGUAAACAUGAAUUAGGAAUUGCACCAAAUUUUAUUCAUUCAUUAGAUGCGGCCCAUUUGUUUAUGACAUGUGACAGUGCAAAUAAAGCUGGUCUUACCUUUAGUGCAAUUCAUGAUUCGUAUUGGACUCAUCCUAAUAAUGUUGAAAAGUUGUCAAAAAUAUUGAGAGAACAAUUUGUUGAGUUAUAUUCAAUGGACUAUUUGAAAUAUGUACGACAAGAUUUUAUAAAUCAAGUGAAAAAUUCUUAUCAAUUGGUUUAUUUUAAAAAAAAAGAUUAUCCUGGAUUAGCGAAUAAAAUUGCUGAAAUACGGAAACAUUACCCAGAAAGAAAGAAACCUCAUAAACUUGCUUUUGAAUUAAGAGAAAUGACAGAGCAGGGUGAAGAACAUAUUAUGAGAAAAUUAUAUCAACGGUACAAACCAAGAGUGUUUCACAUUGUUUCCGACAAGUGUUACGAAUAUAGAAAUGAUACUGUUGUUCAACCCGAACCAAAAUGUAAGGGGAUGAUGGAAAUAUUUGUCCCUGUUCUGAUUAUCAAUGUGCCACCAAAAGGGAAUUUAGACAUAUCAAAAGUAUUAGAUAGUCCAUACUUUUUUUCAUAA